AUGGCGGAAGAGCCACUCUUGUCGGCGAUUGAAUAUGGAGGAGGAUUUCCAAUUUUAUUCGUCCACGGAUGGACAAUGCGAGGUCAGGCCGAAGCAUAUGACUUUGAACCCAUCUUUGAAGGCAACAAAGAUUUUCGCCGGAUCUAUGUCGACCUCCCGGGCAUGGGAUCGACGCCGGCGAACGGAAUCCAAGAUCUCGACGACAUCUUUGAACGGCUGACGCAGUUCAUCGACGAGCGAUUCAGCACGUCCUCAAACUUUGCGCUCGCUGGUUCGUCUUGCGGCGGCUACCUCGCCCGCGCGCUGGCACAAAAAUACAACGACCGGGUCGACGGUCUACUUCUGCGCGUACCGCUCAUGGAGCCGGACGACCGCCUGCGUGAUCGGGAUCCCUUCGAAUCGUUGGUGCAGAACAAGAACUUCAUGGCGAGCUUGCCUGCCGAGCAUAAAGCGGUCCUCGGAGAUCAUGUAUUGAUUCAAACGCCUACUUACCACCAAGCUUUGCGGAAUAAGUACAAAGACGUCUACCUACCAGCUACUGAGGCUGCCGACAACAAGGUGCUCGAACCCAUCCGAGCCGAUCCACGGCGGUAUAGUCUGUCAUCCCCAAACUUCGACCCGGCGCGUGAAAGACUUCUCGCGCCCACUCUGAUACUGGUCGGAAGGCAAGAUGAAGACGUCGGGUAUCGAGACAGCCUCCGGCUCACAGAACGCUACCCGCGCUCGACGCACGUCGUCCUCGACCGUGGCGUUCACGCCCUUCCUGUCGACGAGCGCAACCUUUUCGACGCGCUCGUUCGCGACUGGAUCUACCGGAUCAAGGAGUGGCGGUCAUCCCGAGAUGCGCAGAAUACGACUGUUUCUGGACGACGCAGUUCGAGAACCACCUAA